GGCCAAUGAGCGGCUAGGUGGGGAGGGAGGGUGAGAUAUGGACACUUGAGGAAAACAUGGCGUCGAGAUGAAAGAGGAAAAAGACGGACGCCGUAUUUAAGUUUUCCGGAAGGAAAAAAGGAAGGAAGAAAGGAAUCAGUUCUGAAAUGUAAUUGGGGGGGGAAAGCUGAGAGCUGAGGAAAACGGGAAAAAAAGCGACACGGAUAUAUCGACAAGAGUGUUUUCAGGCCCAAUCGUCGACUGAUUCUGGGCAAGGUUGCUGCGAUGGAGAAGCCAGUCUUACAGACACAGCAUUCCAUGCUGCCGUUCUUCGACACGGCCCACGCCGUCAACCUGCUGCGUGGCAUUCACGAGCUGCGUGCCGAGCGCAAGUUUUUCGACGUGACCCUGUGCGCCGAGGGAAAGGAGUUCCAUUGCCACCGAACCGUUCUGGCUGCUGCCAGCACCUACUUCCGGGCUAUGUUUGCCGGUACACUCCGUGAGAGCGCGAUGGACCGAGUGUCCCUACAAGAGGUCUCGGCCGAGCUGCUCGGUCUUCUCGUGGACUUUUGCUAUACGGGCCGUGUGACGGUCACAUGCGACAACGUGGACGUUCUGCUAAAGGCAGCCGAUCUCUUUCAGUUCCCGUCGGUCAAAGCGGCAUGCUGCGCUUUCCUGGAGCAGCGUCUCGAUGUCUCGAACUGCCUGGAGAUCCAGGACUUUGCAGAGGCGUACGCCUGCAGUGAGCUCGCCACCAGUGCUCGGCGUUUUGCACUCAACAACAUUAUGGACCUGGCCAAAGGUCAGGAGUUUGAGCGUCUGCCCUGGAAGCGUUUGCUGGAACUAGUGUCGAACGAUGGGUUACGCGUGGACAAGGAGGAAACGGCUUACCAAAUGGCAGCGCGUUGGGUUAAAGCUGACCCACGGAGACGGCUUCAGUACUGGCCGGAGCUCCUGCAGCAGGUACGCUUGCCCUUCGUUCGACGCUUCUUUUUGCUUGCCCGUGUUGAAAGCGACCCACUCGUCUAUUUAACACCGGAGUGUCUGCGUCUGGUGUCCGAGGCACGCAGCUUCCAGUCAGGAGAGUACGACCGGCACGAUCGGCCGUGCCAGCGAAUGCGCCCUCGUCCUUCUACUGGUCUUGCCGAGAUUCUGGUCGUGGUGGGAGGGUGUGACCAAGACUGUGAUGAACUCGUGACCGUCGACUGUUUCAACCCGCAGACAGGCCAGUGGAGAUACCUGGCUGAGUUUCCUGACCAUCUCGGUGGAGGCUACAGUAUAGCCGCACUGGGCAAUGAUAUGUAUGUCACAGGCGGCUCAGAUGGAUCGCGCCUCUACGACGGCGUGUGGCGCUACAACUCGAGCGUGAACGAGUGGACCGAAGUGUCGCCCAUGCUUAAGGCACGUGAGUACCACAGCUCGUGUGUGGUGAAGGGCCAGCUCUACGUGGUGGCGUCUGACAGCACGGAGCGCUACGACCACACACUAGACUGCUGGGAGCCUUUGGUGCCCAUGUUGCACGCCAUGGACAACUGCUCAACUACAGUGUGUGGGGGACGUCUCUAUGCCACCGGCUCACUCCCUGGUGAGGAUGCCAUGGCCAUUCAAUGCUACGAUGCCGAAACUAACCGCUGGAACCUGGUAAACUGCGGCCAGCUGCCUCCCUGGUCUUUCGCACCAAAAUCAGUGACUCUCAAUGGGAACAUCUAUUUUGUAAGGGAUGACUCAGCAGAAAUUGACAUCUACGAUCCACAGAAGAACGAAUGGGACAAAAUUAGCCCGAUGAACCAAGUACACGUGGGAGGCAGUGUGGCAGUUCUGGGAGGCCGCCUGUAUGUGUCUGGUGGCUAUGACAACACGUUUGAGCUGUCCGACGUGGUGGAGGUGUACGACCCCGGCGCGCGCUCAUGGAGCCUAGCCGGCCGACUCCCCCAGCCCACCUUCUGGCACGGCAGCGUCAGUAUCUUCCGCCAGUUCAUGCCCCUCGUUCCCAGUACGUUCGAGCCGCUCGACGUCUCCGAGGCAGAAGACAUCCACCUGCACCGCCACCAUCGCCACCACCAUGCGCUUCAAGAGCUCAACAACGAGCUCAAUCACAACCACCGCAAUCGGGAGGUGAACCCGGCGCGCUGAUGCCACCAUCGAACUCCACGAUACGCACUUUACCACAUUCUUCACCUCAACCGGAGAGCGACGGACAUGAUGCACUAUUCCUGCUCCCGCUGUUUGCCUCUUUGUAUUCUUAUUUCCGUUAACCUCGGGCCGGAUGUGUCUGGGAUCAGUGUUUACACCAGCAUGAUUCUAGCCACACUAUCAGCAUUAAACCGACAUGAAAUGAAGCACAUGGAAAUACAUGGUAAAAAAAAACUAACAAAAAACAUACAAACACAGUGAUGCUUUAUUGAAAAUAGGCUGUAUGGACAAAAGUUUGUGGACACCUCACCAUAAGAUUAAUAUGUCCUUCUUGUUCUACGUUUAGUCCCCAUUUGCUGUUUGAACAGUCUCCACUCUUCUGGGAAGAUGUUCAUAUUCAUUCAGCCACAAGGGGGCGUAUAGAUAGAUAUUAUAUAGAAAGGGCAGCUUAGUCAUUAGAUAGACAGCAGCUCAUAUACGUCACCAGAGCUUUUAUAGUUCAGCGUGAGGCUUUUCUUGGACAGCGCUUUCGUUUUCAUUAGAAAGACAUUUCUGGUUUGUUUUGUUUUGUUUUUUCUGACCACCAAAGUCCAUUUCACUUCCUUUCUUUACAUUUCAUGACCACUGAAUGUAUUAGUUCGCUAAUCUAUGCAGCCCCCAGUGCUGAGGUUUGGUUUUUGUUUACCUUCUUCACUUUCCAUUUUAUAUCCAAAGGAUAUUAUUUGCCGAAAUGCCGAGGUUUGUCUAAUUGUAGCGCUCAUCAUAUUCAGAUAUUCAUUUCAGCCAUUAGUCAUGAUCUUACCAUCUCAACCAAGGCCUGAAGAUGCCUAGCUGUUACUGUAGUUCUUGGUGAUUUCUAUUAGACAGUCUUCGUGGGAGUUUGCCGAGAACCGUUCGUCCCUGUUCGCUGUUACUCUUCUGAGAAGACUGUGUUUGUGAAGAUUUGUGCUCAUUCAGUUCAGUACUGACGGAGGUAAGAUGAUUUAUACCCAAAGAUGUUCAAUAGGGUUGAGAUCAGAGCUCUAUAGCAGGAGAUCUUCCACACCAAACCUUAAGGCAUGUCCUCAUGUGCACACGGAAAUUGCUGGAACAGGUUAGGAAAAUCUCCUGCUAGCGCAACCAAAGACGUCCUAUACAAUCGUGUACCUCCGAACCUGUGGUAACAGUUUGGGGAAAACCACUUGAAAAAGUCUGGGGAAAAGGUUAGGUGUCUCAAUACUUUUGUCCAUAUAGUGUUUUUUUUUUUUUUUUUCUCUGUUCACUUGCAGGAGGUGUAAAGUAACUACGCUUUUCUAUGUGGGAAUUUUGUGAACUUUUAUUCAAGUGUUAACUUUACUACCAAAAGCAGAACUGUGUUGGCUUUCUGUUUUUUUAUUGCAAGGAUAAUAAGCAAUAAUCAUAAAGGCUGAACUAUAAAUAUUGGCACCUGUGUUAAUAUUGUUUAUCAGGUGCUUGGUUUUUUUACUAUUUACUAAAAUAAUACUCAACUUGACAUACAAACAUGAAAGUACUCUGGUAGGAAUCAUGCUGGUUGUGUUGUUUUUUUCUCACACACUAAUUCGAUCUUCAGUAGUGCAGCCAUGUACAUUUGCAUCACACGUUAGUCCGUGCACUAGAAGGAGACCGGAUGACGCGGGUUCAAGUCUUGCUAUGAAGUAGGGAAUCGAUUGGAUUAAACAGAAGGGGGUGUGAGGAAAGCAACCGCAGCCUUGUCGCUUUCCAAAAAACAAACGGGUCGGAUCGCACCGUUAAAAUCCAUAGAAAUAUUGGCAAAUUUGGAUCGCACUGUGAAAAAUUAAACAUUUUUCUCGUUCUGAUGUUCAACCAGACAAUCUAUUAUGCAUGAAUUCCUCACAUCUUUGUGAUUUUUAACGUCUCGAUCCCAUUCAUGUUGGUAUUUUGAUAGGAAGUUUAUUUAUGGAGGUUUUUUUUUCUUUCCUAUUUUUAUAGAUGUUGUGUUGCGUGUUGUUUUCACUGUUUGAAUUGCUUUCACUACGCUGUUCCAAAAAAAACAACAAAAAAAACUGGAAGUAUUCAUUUAGUAAUUAAGUCUCGAGGAAGACAUUGUGUGUGUUUUUGGUUAUUACUAAUAAUUAUAAUUGCGUACUCCUAUGCAGAAACGGUACUUCUAACAUUUUGUUACGUUUGUUGUUUUUUCUGUUUGUUUGUUUGUUUUUUCUUACAUUGGUUUGGUAUGUGGCCAAUACAAUUCACCGUACAGGCCUUGUGUUUCGGUUUGUGUUUGUGAUGCCUGUAAGCGUGAUGAAGAAAUAAACUGCAGGCAGGA